GGUCUCCCUGUCAUAACUUUGCAGGGCCUGUUGACUCCAUCUCCAUCCCAACCGAGGACACCUGGAUGCAAACUGGACUUACGCUCAGCCCGGUGGCAUUGACAGCCUAUCCUGACAUUGACGAUGUCCCCUUAGACCUUGAGCCUAUUACCUGGGACUCCUCGUGGGGUGGAACACAAUCGAGCGAUAUGUUUUCCGGAACAGAUUCAUACACAUCGAGUAUGGUCAAUGCUACUUCCUUUGAUUCACGAUAUAAUUUACCUGCUGUCUCGUAUGAUGCCAUGUACGAUCGACAAGGCCUAGCGGAGUCAACUGUCGCUCCGUCUUUCAAUUCUGCCGGGGUGACUCAUCCCAAUAUUGAGUCUGAACAACAGGAAAGUGCUGAGCAGCUUCAGCCAGAACAACAUCCCGACGGGUACAAAUGCAGGUGGGAAGGCUGCAGAUAUAAACGCAACUUCAGACGCUGCAUAGAGCUCGACCGACAUGUCAGAACCAUCCACAUAUUUCCGAGAUCAUAUCACUGCAAUGUUGAUCGAUGCACCAGAUCAUUCAACAGGAAAGACAACCUGAAGGAACAUAAAAUAAGGGUCCACAAGUUGCGAAGGAGUACGCGAGAAUAGACCACCGGUUCCUCAUUUGUUUUAUGAUAUUCUUUCCGGUCACGUUAACCCGAAUUCUGUUACGCCUAUUCUUGUCUGCUUUAGCGGUUGUCGGCUUUUCUUCAUUGAUCUCCUUCUAUUCCAGCGCAGUUACCAUCUAGAAUAGAUCACUCCAAGAAAUAAAUUUCAUCAAAC